CACGUGAAACGGACUUAACCUAUUGUUGUAUUGUUUAAUAAAAAGCUUUAGGUAAAAAAAAUUAAUUACAAACAUUAUAAAUGCAUAAAAAUAUUAUUUAAAUGAAUUUUUAUAUGAAAGUAUCGUGAAUAUAAUGAAAAAUGGCUAGUACCGAUAUUCUUGAUAAUGUUACAUCCACUCUUAAUAACAUACGAUCGUUAAAUCAACUAAAAAGCAGAAAAGCUAAAGUUGAUGUGAGAGACCUUACAAAGUGUAUAUAUGAUUUUACGAAGGAACAAUCUGGCAGAAACACAAAUGCGUUACCAGAAUUAGUUAUCGAAGAUUUUGACGAGGAACAAAUUUGGCAACAAUUGGAACUUCAAAAUGAGGAUGAAAUAAUACAUUAUUUAAAUGAGGUCUCAAAAAUUACAACUGGUAAUAAGAAGCUAACAAUUCCAUUGAGCUCUAUGAAACCUAAACCUAUGCAGAUUGAAAAUGAUAAUUUAGAUCAAGAAGGUGAAGAUAUGUCUGAUGAUAAAGAAUUACAAGAACAAGACAUAGAAACCAAAAGUAAUUUAAAGAAAAGGAAACGUGAUACAAAAAAGAAAUCUAUCGUGGAUGAUAAAUUCUUCAAAUUGCAAGAAUUGGACGAAUAUUUAACUAAAGAAGAGAAAAAAGAGAAAGAAGGAGAGGAUGAUGCUAAAUCCGAUAAUGAGUCAUUAGAUUUAUUUAACGAUCUUUCUGAGGAAGAAGAUGAAAAUAAUGCUGAAGCAAAAUAUAUAAAGUACACAGACUUUUUUGACACUCCUGAGAGCGAAACUGAACUACAUAAUGAAAGCAAAAGUUCACAUCAUGACGACAGUAUUAGGGAUUCUGAAGAAGGAUCAGAAAAUGAAGAUGAAGAAAUAGAUAAUGAUGAAGAAGAUGAAGAGGAUUAUCAGGUCAAGAGAGUAAGAUUUAAUCUUACCAAUGACUCAGAUGAAACUGAUAGCUUGGAGAAUAAAGCAAAUCAAAGAAAGGAAGAAAAGAGAGAAAACGAAGAGGAAGACAUGGAAGAAGAAGAAGAAGAAGAAGACAUGGGAUCGAAAUCUACCUUAGAAGCUCGUCAGAAAAGGUUGCUGAUGAAAAUCAAGGAGCUAGAAGAGGAAGCGAUUGGCGAGAAACCAUGGCAAUUGAAGGGCGAAGUGAGUGGUGCAAAUCGACCACAGAAUUCCUUGCUGGAAGAGUUUGUGGAAGUCGACAUAACCAAGAAGCCAGCACCUAUUAUCACCGAGGAGACCACUAUAAAACUAGAAGACAUAAUCAAGCAGCGGAUGAAAGAUAAGGCUUGGGACGACGUCGAGAAGAAAUUUAAACCAGUCGAGACUCCAUUGGAGUACAAAAAGAAAUUGAUACUAGAUCAGGAGAAGAGUAAGGAAAGCUUAUCACAAAUUUAUGAAAAGGAAUAUCUAAAGCAGAAGCAAGCGUUAGAUCCGGAGAACAACGAGAGGAAAGAGAAGGUGCCACAGUUGCACAAUGAAAUUCGACAAAUGACGCGUUCUCUGAUGACUAAGUUGGACGCGUUAUCUAAUUAUCAUUAUACUCCCAAGCAGGCUAAACCUGAGAUUAAAAUUAUUAGCAAUGUGCCAGCAAUUAAUAUGGAAGAAGUUGCGCCAGUUGCAACCACUGAUGCUACUCUGUUAGCGCCUGAGGAAAUCAAAAUCAAAUCGCGUGGUGAUCUUACCGGUAAAUCGGAAAGAACGAAGACCGACAUGAAGCGCGAGAGAAGACGAAAGAAGUUGAGACAACGAGCCAAACAGCAGGCGACAGAGAAGAAAGAGAAACUAAACGCAUUAAAACCGGGAAUCGCUAAAAAGAACAAAGACAAGAAAGAAAAGGCUGCUUUGCUGAAGAAAGUAACUAAGGAUAGAAACGUUACAAAGUUAGAUGAAACAACGCAAAAGAUCGCAAAAUCUUCAACUGCAUUCUUCACGCAGUUGCAAGACAAAAUCGCAAGUAAAAAGACGAAAACUGGUUAUAAAAAGAAAGAUAAAAACGUAGUUUCGGCUGUGAAGCUGAAAUUGUAAAUUUUAUAUUUGUAGUUUACAUUUAAAAUUUGUUUAAUGUAAUUAUAUAAUAAAAUUUAAAUAAAAAAAUUUUGUUACAAUAUUUCUCAUCAUGCAUUUUGAAGAUUCUAUGCUUUUGUCAUCUUCAAAAAUCACAAAGAAACGUAAAAAGCGAGAAAUGUUUAAAAAAUUACAUAACAACGUAUACUCGAUAUAAGAUAUAUAUAUGUACACUAAAAAUAUUUUUCUAUAGCUUUAUUGCAUGAUAUACGUAUGCAUGUCUAACAGCCUCCGCUCUUUAAAUCAUAUUAAUCAUUCUGCUAUUUUUGUUUCGUGUAGAACUAUAAUAUGUGGGUGGAUAUUGUGUAAAGGAAUAUAUAACAGUGGAUAGAGGAUUCGUGAAGUAGCCUCUCUCUUUAAUAGAGAUGAAUUCGUACUUAACAUUCGCGCAUAAAUAUUGACGCCUGCAUCAGGCUCAAUAUGGUAGUUAUUGUCAAAACGUGAUGGUACUACUCUUGUCUUGAUGUAGGAUGAUUAAAAAAAAUCAUGCAUAUAUGUAUAGUUCAUAUAUUAGUGAAAAAUGUUCCCAAUUCAUCAUGAUAUGCUGCAAUUUCGUUCGAAUGUGCUCAUCGAAAUUUGCUAAAACACGUACAAACGCGCUAAGUCACACGUGGUUACUUAUAAAUGCAAUUAUUCGUAUGUGUAACAUUAUCUAUAUUUUUUUAAGAAUAUCUAAAAACGGUGUCUUGCACAAAGAAGCAAAGGUGGAUUACAUAAUUUUUGUACAUUGUCAAUGUUUCGAACGAUUUUCUUUUCGCGUGUCAGUUUAUGAUUGCACUGUUUAUAAUUACAAAGAUCUAAAUUAAAAUAAUUAAGCUAAUCUUAAUUAUAUAUAAUAUCUAACGAUAAGCUGGUAUUAAAAUUACCGUGAUUUGUGUAGAUUUGAUUGAGAAGUUAUUUUUUUUUAAAAAUACUUUUUCUUAUUGUUUAGAGUACACCUCCUUAUUUUCGUCCUUUUUUUCUUUGUCGAAUACUUAUCGAAUCGCAUGAUAUUUUAAUUAAAAUUGUCAUGUAAAUUAAAAUUACAUCGUCUGAUGUAUAAUAAGCACAGAUUAGACGACAUA